UGAGUGAAAAAGUAGGAGGUGCAGAAGGAACCAAGCUAGAUGAUGACUUCAAAGAAAUGGAAAGGAAAGUGGAUGUUACCAGCAGGGCAGUUAUGGAAAUAAUGGCAAAGACGAUAGAGUAUCUUCAACCCAAUCCAGCUUCCAGGGCUAAACUCAGCAUGAUCAACACUAUGUCAAAAAUUCGAGGCCAGGAAAAGGGACCAGGUUAUCCUCAGGCUGAAGCCUUGCUGGCAGAUGCAAUGCUGAAAUUUGGCCGAGAACUUGGAGAAGAAUGCAACUUUGGACCAGCACUUGCAGAUGUGGGAGAAGCUAUGAAGGAGCUUUCUGAAGUCAAGGACUCUUUAGACAUGGAAGUGAAACAAAACUUCAUUGACCCACUUCAAAACCUCCAUGACAAAGACCUGAGAGAAAUACAGCAUCACCUAAAGAAAAUGGAGGGUCGACGCCUGGAUUUUGAUUACAAAAAGAAAAGACAGGGCAAGCUCCCUGAUGAAGAACUUCGUCAAGCUCUGGAGAAAUUUGAUGAAUCAAAAGAAAUUGCUGAGUCAAGCAUGUUCAACCUUCUGGAGAUGGAUAUUGAACAAGUGAGCCAGCUCUCUGCUCUUGUACAAGCCCAGCUGGAGUACCACAAGCAGGCCACACAGAUCCUACAGCGAGUUACUUCUAAGCUGGAAGAUAGAAUAAAAGAGGCAUCAUCUCAGCCCAGGAGGGAAUACCAGCCCAAACCUCGUAUGAGCCUGGAUUUCACAACUGGUGACAUUACUCAGCACAAUGGAGGAAUAUCCCACGCCACCACACCCAAACCAUCAGGUGUUCACAUGGAUCAGCCAUGCUGCCGAGCUCUAUAUGACUUUGAACCAGAAAAUGAAGGGGAGCUGGGAUUUAAAGAAGGGGAUAUCAUUACCCUCACUAACCAGAUUGAUGAAAACUGGUAUGAGGGGAUGCUUCAUGGCCAGUCAGGUUUCUUCCCCAUCAAUUAUGUUGAUAUUCUAGUUCCCUUACCCCAUUAGGGUGGCUGAUACACCACCUCUGACCCAGCUAGCUGUAUCAGUACCACUGCUUUCAAAAUGCUGCUUCUUACACCUUACAAGUGUGAACUGCAGUGGUUAGAGUCAUCGAUUUCCCACUGAGCAUCUUUGGUUUACGUGUUGUCUAACUACAUGGUGGUGAUGCGUGGUAUCUUCUGAGCCAGCAUAGGGUUGGUUAGAAUAUUGGCCAUACUGGCCUGGUGGUAACCAGAAGCAUUACUGAGAUGAAGCUGGGAAGAUGAUGGCAAGCAAAGCAGGAAACUCCAUGAAGUAGCAGAAAGUGAAGGUGAUUUUGGGAAGAUAAUGCCUAUCACCACUGUAUUACUUUUCAGUCUUAGUUCUCUAUAAAAAGAGGGAAAAGUACUUGCCAUUCCAUCUUUCCCUUCCUAAUGAUACAGUUCACACAGGUCUAACGCUAACCAAAACUGUAUCUUCCAAUGAAACUGGCUUGAUGUUCUC